AUGGCGGCCGUUAGUGAUUUAUUGUUUGUUGGCCGAGGACGGAGUCAGAUCGGCUGCACAGAGGAAGUUAAAGUAGAAAACCAUGAUGGCGGUAAACGAAAGAAUAUAAACGUAUACUUCCUUCCUGGCAACUGCGUCCUCUCUAAGACUCUUUCAUUAUCUAUCUAUCUAUCUAUCUAUCUAUCUAUCUAUCUAUUGCUCUCCCUCGUUUCUCUUUCUCACACAUAUAUACACACAUGGAAAUAUACACGCUCACACUCUCCGUCACUUUCUUUGUUUCUUUCUUUUUCAUACCCACGCUUUGUUCUCCGUAAAAACAAAUCAAUCAACCCUCUUCUUUCUUAUCACUCUCAUUUUCAUGUUUUCUUUCUCUCUCUCUCUCUCUCUCUCUCUCUCUCUCUCUCUCUCUCUCUCUCUCUCUCUCCAACCAAGAACAUUCCUCCGAAGAAUGUCAGAGAGAGCUCUGACAUUCUUCGGAGGAAUGUUCUUGACAAAAAUGCAAGAGAUGCAGACAUUUUUCUCGCCUUUCCAUCUAUAUACGUCAGCUGUGCUUUCUUCUGCCAUUAUUUCUGUUUUCUCUUUGUCAUAGCAAUGGCAGCUAAAGCCCGCCUUGCUGCUUCUUCUCUCACCCACGCUCGCGUCAUCUCACCAAAAGAUGGAACGACUCGUGGCAUGACGUUGAACGUGUCCGGUUCAGGCAUGAGAACCCGCACCCAUCCACGGCCGCCCGACAAAGCAAAGUCCGGUCUGGUCCACUCUUGCUUCGGAGACUCUAGGUCCCAGUGCCUGGGAGUUUGA